AUGGUUACCCUUUAUUUUCAAGACAGCUCUCCUUCUCUGGGAGGGGGAGAAGAUUUCACCAGCCCCGAUAGAGACCCUUCUCAGCUGUUUCUCAGCCUGAAGACAACAGUAGAAGCCACUGAAGCUCUUCUCAUGAUCAGUGAGAAGAGCUUCCAGCGGGUCUGUGGAGGGAGUGGGCUUAGCCUGUUCUCCCCCCAGACGAGCAGCUUCCAAGCCCUGGGCAGCGAGAUUGGCCGCCCACAUGACUGCCGGCUCCGUCACGGAGCCAGUGGAGGCUGCGGGGAUCGGGGGCUGCAUGGCCCCUGGAAGCUCCGGGAUUUGUGCAGGGCAUCCUGGGGAGACCUCCAGGACUGGGAAGCUUGUUUCAGCCUCCUGGUGGGGGUCUCCUUGUGUGUCACCACGGAGCCAUGCCGUGGCAGCACACGGCCAGAAAAACCUGGAUCUGAUGUUACCAUAAAACCUAGUGAGGCAUUAAUAUCAGUGAGUCCGAUCAUUCGAAGACUACUUCGGAACCAGAGUUGGAACAGAGUUCCAAAAGGACCACGGCGAGCAGCACCAGUAUCUGUACACUUACAUGUUAAGAUGUCUCCAAAGCGUCGAGCUAGCAAUGAAAAAAAAUAGUGAAUAAUUGAAUUUAAAGAAAUAAAAGAUUGCAACAUAGCACACACAUAA